GAUAUGCGUAGACUUAUUCAACAUAAUUUGCCCUAAUCCAUGGUAUUAACUUUGGCUGACUGCAGCCACAAUGGCCAAUGGCUCUUCCCGCCGGCUCACCACAAAGCGCAAUUAAUUUCCCAGAUUAGGUUCACUGUUUGUCAUAUGUUUUGUUAUAUAAUUGGCUUGGCCAGUCCAAAACCCAAACAAACCCGACAUCGGACAUCGGUGUUGUUGUGCAGUCGGGGUAGUCGGGGGAAAUCCGGCCGGACUGAAUGGAAUCGGCGGGGUUUCAUUCAUGAGCACGUCGGGCGUCGCUCGAGAUCUACCUGCCUAAGCGUGGGAAAGUUGCUGGCGGCGGCGAGGCGGAGGAGGAUCCUCCCAGGACAAGGGCAGGUAGACGGGGCUGCAGGAAACUGGGCUGCUCCGCAAUUGCGUCGCGGGCUGCCAGUGGGUUUAUUUGUCCGCUGCCGGGAGUUCCUACCCCGCUGCCCAUGCAAAAUUUCCAAGUGGAAAACGGCAAAUUUCCGGUUUUUUGGCCAGGCUCGAAUUUCCCACGGGCCGGCCCCAGGAGGGCGCCCGGAUCGCCCGGAUCGGCCGGUUGGCGGGACUAUUUAAGGGUGCUGCCUAGCUUUCUCAUCAUUCAUUCGAAGCAACAACGUCGCAGAGAUAACAGCAUACACCAUACACCAUGCUCUUUGCCAUCACUUUGUUACUGGCUGUUACACAGACUUUGGCCGGAGUCCUGGAGCCCAUUAACUACUACCAGUACACCCAGUUCCAGGCCCCACUGUCCUGGGAGGACAUCAGCGACAAGGGUCUGAAGCAGGCCCUCGACAGCUGCCAGCAGAGCUUCCAGUGGCAGCGCUGGAAUUGCCCAAGUGCGGAUUUCGUGGAGCGGCACUCAAAGCCGCAGGAGGCAUCCCCGGAUCGAGAGGAUGUCUAUGUGGCGGUCAUUGCCAUGGCGGCCAUUGUCCACACCCUGACCAAGGAUUGCGCCAAUGGCGUCAUUGCCGGAUGUGGAUGCACUGAGAAUGCCCUGAAUGUGCCCUGUGCCCAUGAGCCAGCGAAAGCCGUGGAACAGUACGAGAAGCACUUUGGACCGGGAUCAGGAGCCAGCGGUCACAAUCGACGGGUGGUGGGGGCACUGCUGCAGAAUUCCCUGGAGCAGGAGUGCCGGUGCAGGCAGCCCGCAGGAGCGGGGCAGGGGAAGUGCCUGGAGGAGGAGUGCGUGGCUGUGCUGAAGCCAUUCGAGAGCAUUGCCCAGGAGCUCCUCCAGAUGUACGACGAUGCCAUCCAGCUGGACAGUGCCAGCAGCAGCAACCUGAAGAUCAUGUGGGACAACAUUCCCCUGGACUCGCUCGUCUUCAUGCAGGACUCGCCCAACUACUGCGAGCCCGAGGCGCGGGGACUGUGGAAGGGCACCCGGGGUCGCCAGUGCUCCAAGGACGGCAGUGGUUCGCUCGAGGAGCGCCUCUCCUGCCAGCAACUGUGCCGCGUCUGCGGCUACCGCGUCAGAUCCCAGCACGUCCGGUCCGAGCGGAGGUGCAACUGCAAGCUGGCCUGGGGAUUCCGACUCCAGUGCGACGUGUGCGUCCAGCUGGAACGGCAGUACUCCUGCUACUGAACCCCAAAGCAGGCAUCGAGUCCUGGACUGGGGCGCUGGUCGAGCCCCAUUGCUAAAAACUUUACCCUAAUUUAAGUUAACUUAUUUGUUCCCACCGCUAAUUUAUUGCCACAACAAAUGCUAUCAAUAAGUACGUAAUUUAUCAUAUAC